AUGGUGAGGAUCAGAAGACCGUUCCCUCGACGCGACAACAAUGUCGCAGUCGCAACCAGUUAUGGAACUCAGGCGAGCCAGCUCAUGAGAAGCGCAAAGGACACCAGCAGUGAUAGCCCAUCCAAGAUGCAGUUGGCGAAAACCGAGAACGAGAAUGCCCCGAAGGACAGCUCAGAUCUUCCUCCUCUUGACGGCACCACGUCCACAACCACGUCCGGCACGUUGCCCUCGCCAGAACUUGCAACGGCUUCCAAGAAUUCCUGUGCGCCGGAUCACCCGACUAUCUCUUCACCCUCUACCAACCUCGUUGCGGCCAGUUCCACGGACAGAAACAAAAUCACCAAACGCAGGCGCGCUGUGCCCGUCAAAGGUACCAAGGCAGAGCGUCUACGCGAAUCACUGAAGUAUUUCCGCGAGCGCCGGAUUACUACCAGGCCCGCCAGCUCUCUCCAGUCUCUCGGUCGUUAUCAAGGAUGUUCCUCAAGCUACGUGCCUGCAAACAGGAGCAUCACGGUAGCGCUGCCGUCCGAGUCUGAAGAUGAUACGGAGGAUAAAUAG